CCCUGUGUGAGCGGCGCGACGCGCGGGCCGCCUCCUCGCUGCGUGCGGCCGAGGCGAAGGAAGCCGCGGGCUGCAGAGCGCGGCCGCUGCCGCCGCCUCUCGAGCAGCCGGAGCGCUAGGCACAGGGGGGCUGCCCAGCCCGCGACGCCUUGGGUGCUGCUUGGAGAUUCCAGAAAUUGACUGCCUGCAGGAAAUCAUGAGGUCACAGUACGUCACAGUGCCUAUAGUAACUAUCCUGCUGUUCUUAUUAUGGAUUCCACCAUCAAUGGGCUGCAAUAAGGCUCUCUGUGCUAGUGAUGUCAGUAAAUGUCUGAUACAGGAGCUAUGUCAAUGCCGACCUGGCGAAGGAAACUGUUCCUGUUGCAAAGAGUGCAUGCUUUGCCUAGGCACACUUUGGGAUGAGUGCUGUGAUUGUGUUGGUAUGUGCAAUCCUCGCAACUACAGUGACACCCCUCCAACUUCCAAGAGCACUGUAGAGGAACUGCAUGAACCAAUCCCUUCCCUCUUCCGGGCACUCACAGAAGGGGAUACUCAGCUGAACUGGAAUAUUGUUUCCUUCCCUGUUGCAGAAGAACUGUCACAUCAUGAGAAUCUAGUGUCAUUUUUAGAAACAGUUAACCAGCCGCAGCACCAGAAUGUCUCUGUUCCAAGCAACACUGUCCACUCACCAUACUCCAGUGACAAAGAAAACAUGUGCACUGUGGUCUAUUUUGAUGACUGCAUGUCAAUACAUCAGUGCAAGAUCUCUUGUGAGUCCAUGGGAGCAUCAAAAUACCGGUGGUUUCACAAUGCCUGCUGUGAGUGUAUUGGGCCAGAAUGUAUCGACUAUGGCAGUAAAACUGUAAAAUGUAUGAACUGCAUGUUUUGAAGCAGAGAAGCUGUAUAAUAGUAAUGUGGAGGCCAAAGCAGCGUCUCUUAAUUAAAAAGAUGGGGAUUGGAAGUAUUGCAUUAUGGGAUAUGUUCUGGGAGCAACUAAACAUGAAUGAUUUGAGAAAAGAUGUAUACAAUUCAAAGCAUAGCUGUAUUUUUUUUUCUUUUUAAAUCCUGUAAACAAUGCUAAUUGGCAAAUGUUUCAACUGUAUUGUUUAUUUUUUCCUUAUUCUUAGUCGAGUAGCAUAACCAUCCUCAUGCUUCCUGUCCUGAUUGUUUUGCUUUGAUCUGAAUAUAUUGCCUAUACUCAUUUUCAGAAUGUAAUGUUGUAUUUAGCAGUUCAGAAUAGUGAAGCCUCAACAAGAUUCCCAUUAUUUAGAAGUUCCACAAGUGCUCAAAUAGAUAAUGCUCUUCCAUGUAUAUUUUAUAACUCUCCAGUAUAAGAGCCAUAAGACUCCAGUGGCUUAUGGUCUUACACCAGUGGCCCAGAUUCUUAUUGUGAAAAUGUCCUCAAAAAUAAGAAAACCUUUUUUUUUUUUCAACUUCAAAACUGGAACUGUAAUAGAUAAAAUCCCAGCCCUAAGCAGGGUGUCCCACCCACUACAAUACCAUGUGUGACACAUCAUUCCUCCAUCUGUUAUAUGCCUCCAUUCAUGCAGGCAAGGUAUUGCAUUUCAUAAAGAAAUCUUGUUCCCAUCAGUGCACUCUUCUUAUAAACCAAAAUAAAGCUGGUAAGUUUAGUCAUGUCCACUUGCUAUCGCACUCUUUGUGGGUUGUCUUAUCCCUGGAAACUCAGUGCUGUGCUGCAAAUUUGGAAGGUGGUUAUUAUGAACAGAAAAAAUAGCAUGUAUAAACUGGGAAUUAAACUGCAUAUGCUAAUAAGCUCAGCAAGUUUAUUUGUUGAGUAGCUGGCAGUUGUCACAUUACCACAUUUGGUACUGCUCUGUGGAACACUUAUUCUAACUGUUUGGUUUGGCUUUGAGGUUGGUUUUGAUUCAGAUUUAUGAUAUAAAAGGACUUAAUGGGGAAAUAAUUAUCCUCUGAGACAAAUGAGCAUUCUCUGAAUAUGGAACACUUUGUCCAUUUUGCUGUGUUUUAAUAUAUGGAGUAGUAGGCAACUGCAAAUUAUAAGGUAAUUACUAUGGUACCAUUAGGUUUUUCCUGUGAUGAUGGCAUAGAAACCACAAGAAUAAAGUCUGAGUACAAUUGUGA